UUUUCUGCCAAAAGAAAGAGAAGGUGUUUUUUUUUUGAAGAAUUUUCCUGGAGCGUAUCAUGGGAAAAGAGAAAGUUGUUUCUGGAAACACCAUACCACUUAACGGUCGCCCUGUAACUCGUGCCCUUGCGUCUGCUCUGCGUGCUUCUUCUAAACUGAUAACAUCCUCAGAAGUGGCCGCUACAACACAGAUCAAUCAGGGUCGGGUUCUGAGAUCAAAGAGUAAAAGAACAGCCUUGGAUGAGAACAAAGCCAAUGCACUUAAGAAGCGAGCUGUUCUUAAGGAUAUCACAAAUGUUUCCUGCGAGAAUUCUUACAGAAGUUGCUUCAAUGCAGCUAAAAUUCAGGUGGAGAAUAUCAAGCAGAUAAAGAAGGGAAAGGCAAGUUCUUCCAAGGUGGCAUCAGCUUCUACUACUUCAGAGGUUACAGAUGCAAAGGUAGAAGUCUUGUCAAACUCAGUAGGAGUAAGCUUGUCUGGUUGUACAAGCACGAGCUUAGGCACAGAUGAAGCAUCUUAUAGCUCUAUAGAGAAGCGGAGUUCCACGUUGCCUCCAAGACCCCUUGGGAGAUCGACUUAUACAGUUGGGAAAAGUUUUAUUGGAGGAAGUUCCACUGUGGCAAGUAUCCCGAAAUUAGUUGACAUUGAUUCAGAUGAUAAGGAUCCUCUACUCUGUACCCUUUAUGCACCUGAAAUCUACUACAACCUGCGUGUUGCUGAGCUUAAACGCAGACCAUUUCCUGAUUUUAUGAAAAGAACACAAAGAGAUGUGACUCAAACAAUGCGGGGAAUCCUGGUUGAUUGGCUUGUAGAAGUUUCAGAGGAAUACACACUUGUACCUGACACUCUCUACCUCACAAUAUAUCUCAUAGAUUGGUAUCUACAUGGAAACUACAUGGAAAGACAAAGACUUCAAUUACUCGGCAUCACUUGUAUGCUCAUUGCUUCAAAGUAUGAGGAAAUCUUGGCACCACGCAUUGAAGAGUUCUGCUUCAUCACGGAUAACACUUACACAAGAGAUCAAGUCCUAGAAAUGGAGAGCCAAGUACUCAAGCAUUCUAGCUUUCAAAUUUACGCUCCCACUUCGAAAACAUUCCUCAGGAGAUUUCUCCGAGCAGCUCAAGCUUCUUACGUGAAUCCAAGUCGGGAAAUGGAGUUACUGGCGAAUUAUCUCACAGAAUUGACGUUAAUAGACUAUCAGUUCUUGAAGUUCCUACCUUCGGUUAUCGCUGCUUCGGCUGUUUUUCUUGCCAAGUGGACAAUGAACCAAUCAAGCCACCCUUGGAAUCCAACUCUUGAGCAUUACACAACGUACAAAGCCUCCGAUCUCAAAGCAUCUGCUCACGCCUUGCAAGAUCUGCAGCAUAACACCAAAGGAUGCCCAUUAAACUCUAUACGCAUGAAAUAUAGGCAAGAGAAGUUCAAAUGCGUGGCGGUUUUCACUUCUCCGAAGCUACCUGACAUGCUAUUCUGUGAAAACUGAAAAGGCUACAGACUAAACCGAGUGGUCCAUCUCCUAACCGAUGUUACACAUCCUGUAACUUUUCUGAUGGUCCGGUUCGUCUCUCAUUAGUCUGUUAAUCUACGGUCUCAUUCCCAGUAACCGGACUACGUAAGGAUUCGGUUUACUCAGGUUUAGUGUAGACUUGUUUGGUUCUUCCAAACCUGAUUUGUUCUGACCGGUGACACGAUAUUAUUUUAGUUGUAUAAGUCGGAUGUACAUUUAUUUUCUCUUUAAAUCUGGCAA